UGCUACAGGUAUUCAAAUCAAUCGUUACAGCUUGCAGGUAACAAGACAACAGAAAAAUGACGUUAAACUUUUCUAUCGAUGUUAUUCUUGGCAAGACAUCUUUAGAUAAAAAAAGUUCCUCCAAUGCUAGAACUCAAGCAGGUCAGGUUAAAGCGACAAGGAACAAUUACACAGUCCAGUGGAGAACUUGUAAGCAGGAACCAACAGAACGAAGAUUUGAUAAGAGUCGAUCCGAACACACAGAACCGCAGUAUCCAUACAACACGUUUCAUUUACAACAUAACCGAAGAUUUGACAUCUGCGCCACGAAACCGUACCAACCUAUCCUACAGAACCAAGCUUACCACAACCUACAGGGACCAUUACGUCUUGGUGAUAAUUCAUCAAGUACAUCUUGCGGUGCUUUCCCACUGGAUGGUUCCUCAUCAGAUGAUAGCGAUACUGACGUCAGGAAUCGUCUCAACGAUUCUUCUGAAAUAUCAACUGGUGAAAAGAGCGAUCGUUUAAACUCCUCCCUCCCAACCUCUGACACAUCUCCACAAUCCUCGAAAUCAUCCUCCGCCCGCAUUGGACGUCGUCUCUUCACAGGUUUCCAGAUCCUUGAGCUCGACAAAGCAUUUUCCAUAAAGCCGUAUCUCACACGAUCCGAGAGAGCACUACUCGCGCAAAAAGUGAAUCUUACAGAAUGUCAAAUCAAAACCUGGUUUCAAAACCGAAGAACGAAAGAAAAACGUCGCGGUCACGAGACGGACGAUGAUGACGUAGCGACUAGUGACGUCAUCACUAGUAAACCGUACUUCCCCAAAUGCACAAGAAUACCUGGGCACGGCGUGCAGGUCCGACCUACGUUUGGUCCACCCGAUAAGCAUUUGCAGGCCGCUAUUUUCGAUUAUUUAAGAAGAAGAUCUCAUGAAGAAAUUUCGGUCAAAUAAGUUUCUGUUGCACCGGCGAUGUUUAGUGUGCUGACUAAUAAAAGCCGCAAAUUUAAAGCCACAAAUUGAAAUGCCGGAAAUUCGAAACGGACAAAUAUUAAUAGUUACGAAUUUUCGGCUUUAGAUUUGCAAUCUUGCAUCUUGUUAUAAAAUCGUUAUUUUUCUUUUUUAUUCUUUUAUUAAUCUUACCUUUCUUUAAAAUAAACAAACAAAAGAAGUUAGGCUA